AUGGAACCAGAUGAAGUUUUUUCCUUCAGUUCUUUAACCUAUUUAUACCUAAAACAAAAACGGACUAAAAGGGAACUGUUGCAACAUUGGGUUCAUCCAAUAAAUUGUGAACGAUAUACAAAUGGUCAUUACGUGAAGUUGUACUAUAAACUUCGAGAAGAUUCGUCAAAAUUUUUUAACUACUUCCGCAUGUCUGUAAGAUCAUUUGAUGAACUUUUACUGUGCAUCAAAAAUGAUAUUCAGCUACAAAAUACCAAUAUGCGAUUAGCCAUACAGCCCGAAGAAAUGUUGGUGAUAACUUUGAGAUACCUCGCUUCAGGGUGCAGUUUUAAAGAACUACAUUAUAACUAUCGGAUUGGGAGAAGUACUGCAAGUGAAGUCGUCAGAAAAGUAUGCAAAAGUAUUUGGAACAGAUUAAAAGAAAUAUGCAUUCCCAUCCCUGAUCAGGCUAUGUGGCUUAAAAUUGCCAAAGAAUUCAAUGAAAGAGCAAAUUUUCCAAACUGCUUAGGUGCUGUUGAUGGAAAACAUAUCCUAAUCAUAAAACCGGAAAGAAAUGGUUCAUUAUAUAUGAAUUAUAAGCAUUACUUUUCCAUUGGACUGCUAGCUAUUGCCGACGCAAACUAUAAGUUCAUUUAUGUAGAUUUUGGAUCUUAUGGAAAAGAUUCAGAUUCAACUAUCUUUAAAAACUCGGCACUUUGGGAAAAUUUGAAA